AUGACUGUGAAUCCUUCCAAGACCAAGUUGAUAACGUUCAAUAGGAAAUUAAAUCCAGUGGUAGCCGACUACUUUCUCGAUGGCGACCGGGUGGAGAGAUGCAAUACCAUCAAGGACCUUGGUGUUCUUAUCUACUCUUCUUUUGAGUUUGGUCUCCACAUCAGUAAAAUCUGCGCCAGGGCCUCUCGUAUGCUUGGUUUGGUCUUCCGUUCUUCAAAACAUGGCUUGAAUACCCAUGCCUCUACGAUUCUCUACAAGUCCCUUGUCCGCCAGUUACUUGAGUAUGCAUCUGUAGUUUGGUCUCCAUAUCAGCUCUGCCAGAUUCAUCCUCUACAGUCGGUGCAAAUACGUUUCAUCAGGUUUCUGGGAUGUCGUGCGGGAUUUGAAUUUCGUGAAGUUCCAGUCAACGAGGUGUCACCUGCUUAUGGUCUUCUGAGUCAUGAACGCAGGAGGAGGGUGGCUGAUUGUAUCUUCCUUUCCAAGCUUCUCAAUAACCAAGUCAGCAGCCCCUUCUUACUGGAGUCAAUCAACUUCCGCGUUCCUGCCAGAUCAACCAGACAUCAGCGCCUCUUCGAGCCUGACCAUGCUGGGACCAACUAUCUUCGAUUUAGUCACAUACCUAGACUCGUGCGUUUUGGGAACGACAUUGGCUCUUCAGUCGACCUCUUUGUUGCAGGUCUGGGUGCGGUUCGGCGAGCUGCUGCUGAUGAAAGCCUGAUCAGUGUUGCUUCAUCCUCCAAUGUGCUACUUUUAUAA